AUGGAAGUUGCAUGUACCGAUGAGGUUAAAGUUUAUAAAGACGAAGGUGAGGAAGAUGAGCAGAAAAAGUCGUCGGAAAACUUAACUGAAGAUAAAGUGGGUCUGGUGAUUGAGGGUGAAGGUCAGUGUACACAGAAAGGAUCAUUCAAUUUUGGAUUCUUAUCUCUAGAUGAUUAUUACCAUUCACUUUUUCCAUUGCCAUUUGUUACCGGUUCUUCAUCAUUUCCUGUCAAUGCUUCUUCAUAUGCUGCAGCCGCUGCAGCUGUGGCGGCCGCAGCUGCUGCUGCAGCGGCCGCUCAUCAACAGGGUCAAGAUAUUCCAAAUCAAUUCUCCUAUCCUCCUUCAUCAUUGUCAUCACCACAUUCUUGUGGAUCUGAUACAUUUGAAAGGUCAACUCAUAUAACUACUGAAGGAAGGAAAUCACAACACACUGAAACAUUAACUAGUUUAAAUACAGACGAUUCUGUAUUACGAUGUGCUAAUCCUUUAACAAAUCGGUUUCAGUCUGCUUCUGGUUGUCAAACUAGUUGUGUUUCUCCAAUUUUUCCUUCCUUUGGUGGACUCUCCCCAUCGUUAAGUGCUUUCAUGGCUGGACCAUUCUACAGUGUCGCUUUACAAGCAGCUGCAGUGGCUGCAGCUGUAUCAUCUGGUUCAUCUAGUCCAAAAUUGCAAUCAACAUCUUGGCCACAACCAAGUGUUCAUUCACCUGUGCCUUUUAGAAUUCCAACUCCUAAUCCUUCGUUAUCCAAUUUUAAUGUUUAUGAUAAUUUAUCUCCACAAAAUAAAUCAUCGUCUUCUGUUAUAGCUGUAGCCGCAGCGGCAGCGGCAGCAGCCGCCCUCAGUCAAUCGCCGUCGUCCACAUCCGCUACAGCGGCAGCUGCAUUUCAUUCAGAGUUAAUAAAAGCAGCAAAUUUAUAUAAAAUUAAUAAUUCAAAUCAACGACUUUUGUCAAAUCAGAAUCCAUAUCAUCAUUCCUUUACUCAUGAUAGUUUAUUAUCAUUAUGCACUAACAGUAAUAAUCAAUCAAUAUCCAAUACUCUACCAUUAAAUAUUGAUAAUUCAAUUAAUAUUCAUAAUACCGCUUCUGAUAAUAUGAUCAUUGGUAAUAGUUUACGUCCUUCCACUAAAUCAAUAUCGACAAAUUUGUCUUCACGUUCAUGUACAUUAACUGGUUCCAAAUUAGAUCAAUUUAAUUCAUCAAUGAAUUUUCAAAUUAAAACUGAAAAUAAUAAUUUUACCGAUAAACACUUUACAGAAUUUUCAAGUUUAGAUAAUAGCAAUAAUAAAUUAAUUCAUAAUGAACGACUUGUUAUUCCAUCGAAUUCUUUUAGUGAACAAGGUCUUUCAUAUGAUUCUCAAAGAAGAUUAGGAUCGUCUACAUCAACAUGGACUACUGACUUAUCGGUAAAAUCAGAUUCAGAAGAAAAUCAGUUAAACCGUAGUUUAUUCACUGAUUGUUCUCAACGUGCUACGGCAGCAGCUGCCGCGGCGGCGGCUGCAGCAGCAGCUCAUGUCCAUUUUCUUUCAAGUUUAGCAGUAGCUGCAGCAGUUCACUCAUCAGCGUCAUCAUCAUCAUCUCCGACUCCUGUCCCUCAAUUAUCUUCAUUACAUAACAGUAGUAGUCUAUCACCAAUACUAUCCCGUAAUAAUUCAGUCGAUUCAAAUUUACAACAUUCCAUUUCAUCACACCUUGAUAUUAUACAAUCAUCUUCAGUAUCGACUUCACAAGAGCCAUCAUUCUCUUUUACUGCUUCCCAACUUAAACUACGUCAUACAAAUACCACAGAUAAUGUUGCUCAUCAAAUUUCUGGUCAUUUAAAACCAUUUAAGUCUUUUGGUUCAACCACUGAUAAUGUAUGCGCAUCAUCUCAUAAUACAUUUCACAAAUCAAUUAAUGAUCCUUCAGUUAUGAAACAUUCAGAAAUAAUUACAUCUACAAAUUCAUUGCCAACUUCUUUUCCAUCUACAUGUUUUGUUAAUCCAUCAGUUUGUUAUAAUUUUCAAAGGAAUUCUCCUGAAUUAUCAAUAGAUAAUACAUUAGGAUCCCAAUAUCAAAUGUGUAAUAAUCGAAUGUAUUCUAGUCCUCUUGGAGUAAAUCCUUUAAAAUUGUCUACUUUGACAUCCACUACAUGUACUAUUACUACUACUACUACUAAUACUACUACUACUACUAAUAAUAAUAAUAAUAAAGGCAAAAAUUCUACUACUAUCACUACUACUCAUAAUGAGACAAGUAGUUUUGACGAUGAUCAUGAUGAUGAUGAUGUUGAUAAUAGAAGUAAUCAUAAUCAUCAUCAUAAUAAUAAGGAUAAUUGUAAUCAACCUCAUCAACAACAAAUAAUAAAUCCAACAUCUAAUUCAACUUCAACUAAACGUGUUCAUAUUAAAAAACCUUUAAAUGCAUUCAUGUUAUUUAUGAAAGAUAUGCGACCAAAAGUACAAGAAGAAUGUACAUUAAAAGAAUCAGCAGCAAUUAAUCAAAUUCUAGGCAAAAAAUGGCAUGAAUUAUCACGUGAAAAACAAGCAAAAUAUUAUGAAUUAGCUAGAAAAGAAAAAGAACUUCAUCAUCAGUUGUUUCCUGGCUGGUCAGCAAGAGAUAAUUACGCUAUACAUUCAAGACGUAAGAAAAAACGAAAAUUGGCAGCUGCAGCAGCUGUUGCACAAACAAAAAUUCAUUCAACUAGUGGCAAAACUCUUGGUAAUACUGGUAUUCACUUAUCUUCGGAAUCCGGUGGAGAUUUUGGCAAUUCCGAUUCAAAUGAAGAGCGUACUAGUAGACUUUCUGUAUUAGUAGGUAAUACAAACUCUACAGAUAUAAGCAGUGCUAAAAAAUGUCGUGCACGUUUUGGUUUAGAGCAUCAAAAUCGUUGGUGUAAACCAUGCAGACGAAAGAAAAAAUGUAUUCGUUUCUUAACAGAUACUGAAUUCGAAGAGGAGAAUAAUUUUCCAGUUUCUCCUAUAUCACCAUCUACAACAUUGAAUAACUCAGAAAAACCGCCUACAUCGUUAACAACAUCAUCAACAACAACAACAACAACAACAUCAUCCUCAUCAACAUCCAUAACGAUAGUAUCAUCUCAACAUUCAAAUCUUUCUAACUAUUGUAAAUCAAAACAUUUUUAUACAUCAUCAACUGAUCUAAUUAGUGGAUUGUAUCCUAGUAACAGUAAUAAUAAUAUUAAUAAUAAUACUCUAUGGUCAAAUUAUACACCAAAUAUUCAUCGUGUUAUAUCAUCCAUUAGUGAACGACGAUCCAUUGAUCAUUCAUUAACUCAGAAUAAUAAUAAUAAUAAUAAUAAUCAUAAAAUUCAUGAUCAAAAUUUAAUUGAUGAAUCAUUAUUAACAUAUAUGUCUAGAGGAUCAUAUCAUUUAUCAGAUCAUACAAAUUCAAUAAGAUCACCAUUUACUUCAACUGUUAUCUCUGAUAUUAUUCAUUCAAAUGUUUUAUCCAAUAAUCAAAUUGAAAAAUCAUCAAAUACUUUUAUUUCAACAAAUUGUACAACUAUAUCACCACCACCACCACCACAACCAUCAUCAUCAUCAUUAUCAUUAUCGAAAUGGUCACAAAAACAUUUAUUGAAUCUUGCUACAUUACAAACUAUUACAUCAGGCAAAUCUAAUUUAUAUUUACAUGAAAGUACAAUAGCAUCAUGUCCUUCAUCUCCUAUUCCAUCUUAUACAACACAUUUUAUAUCACAUUUACCAUCAUUAUCUCAAGAAGAGAAUUUCAAUUUGAAUUAUUGUAUAUCAUCUCCAUUAUUAUCUGAUUUAUCACAUAAUCAUUGUGAAAAGAUGAUCAACAGUACUACUGCUACUACUACUAAUAAUAAUAAUAGUAAUACUAAUACCAGAAGAAAUAAUCAUAAUAUUAAACGAUUUAUGCCUAUUCAUAAUUAUAAUCUUCAUAUAAAUACAUCAGUUUGUUGUACAACUAAUACUAAUACUACUAAUACUACUGUUACACCAAUAAUUAGUAGUAUCAAUAGUAGUAGUAAUAAUAAUAAUAAUCAUAAUACUAAUAUUUAUAAAUCCCAGUGA